AUGUUGGUGCUGUCUAAUGACACAGCCCUGAAUUCACUUCUCUCCAAGCUGCUUCAAGACUACCUGAAGCAGACAAAUAGCUCUGCACCUUCCCAGGCCAUAAGUGCCAGCAGCAACCUGGAAAUCAUCUAUGUGCUGCUGAUAAUUGGCCUCUUUGGCUUCUUCACAGUGGGAGUCAUGCUGACCAACAUCCGUGCCAGGAGGCUGGAGAACUCCCACGACCCCUACAACACCUACAUUGCCACAGACAUUUGGCAUAAGAAGGACAGAGAAUAUUUUCAAGCCAAGCUCAUAGAAAAUUACAAGCUGUGCUGCGUCUUUGAAAACCAGCUGGCCGUGGAGCAGCCAAGCAUACAGAUUCCUGAGGCAAAGUCUUCCUAG